AAGGAACCCUACCAGACACACAUGGGCGACGCAGAAAAGCGGGGUCGUCUGCGCCGGCAUUGGCGCGCAAGCUGCGCGCGCAAGGUCGCGCGUAAGCGCCCUCGGCUCCACUGUGGCGUGCCGCGCGGGCGGCCCGCGUAAGCCACUGCGUCAGGUCGCUGCGUCAUCUCGCGUAAUACCCGUUUUUGAUCGUCGCUCGCAGGGCAUUCUACCACGCCUCAACGUGCCAGAGGGCGCGACGACAACGUUCAUCGCCAGUAGUGGAGGUGCAGCAUCCGAGUUGGCAAUGUGGCUGAGCUGCUGCAUCUCCGGUUCGAGCUUGAGAGCCGUUGGGGGUGCAGACAGGCGUUGAAGGCGGAAGCAAAGAGGUUCCACGACCUUGUCUUCUUGAAGUGCGAGGAGGGCUACUCUCAUGGGCGACUGACGUUGAAGGUCUUGGCUUCCAUGAAGUAUUUCCACAGCAGGCGCAAGCAGAUGGACCUUUUCAUGAAAGUGGACGACGACAGUUUCGUGGCAUGGUCGCGCUUGCACAAGUUACUGAACAGCUUGAAGACAACAUCGAUGAAAUAUAUCGGCCACCCCCUCGGGCCUUGCAACGCCACCCGGGAGUCCAAUAACAGGUGGUACGAGCCGCCCGAUGUGUAUCCCAACGUGAGCUACCCACGAACGAUGGCAGGUGGUGUGGGGUACCUUUUGGGAAAAGACUUGAUACACGAGAUCAUGCUGGAUAAGGAAAAGAACCCUCAGGAGGGCUUGCUAUGGAAUGAAGACCGCGGAACGGCAAUAUGGGUGUAUAACGUCCAGAACCGCAACAUUUCUGUCAAGCCCGUGAGCUUCAGGGCGUACCCUUACACCAUGAAGUGCGAUAGCACAUGGGGAUCAUACCCGUUCUUGGCGCAGGGAUCUUUAUCUGGACGUGCC